GUGGCUGCUCCUGAGGGGAGGGAGAGAGAGAAGAGGGUGAGGGAGAGACAUAAUGGCCGAGGCGAACGCAACAAGCUCUCGUUUGUGGCAAAAAGUGUCGGUUUUCGGAGUCCUGGAGAUAAGACGGAGACAUUAUCAACAUGGCGACAGCUUCUGAGGCCCCCCUCGGCUCGUUUUGAAACCGCGAACAAUCAAGCUCCCUGCUCCAGCUGAGCCCCUCGCUGCCCUCUGAAGGAGCAGGAUGACAAGAUGGCACAGCUGCUUGUACCGCCCGGACCUGACAGCUUCCGCCCCUUCGUCCCCGAGUCGCUGGCCGCCAUCGAGAGGCGCAUCGCCGAGGAGGAGGCCCGGAGACCACGGGCGGAGCGCCGCAGCGACAGCGACGAUGAAAAUGGGCCCAAGCCCAACAGUGACCUGGAGGCGGGGAAGUCUCUCCCCUUCAUCUAUGGGGACACCCCUUCCCACAUGGUGUCCACCCCUCUGGAGGACCUUGACCCCUUCUACAGCAAUCAGAAGACCUUCAUAGUAUUGAAUCGCGGGAAGGCAAUCUUCCGUUUCAACGCCACUCCUGCCUUGUACAUCUUAAACCCCUUCAACCCUCUAAGGAGGGUAGCUAUUAGAGUUUUAGUACACUCGAUGUUCAGCAUGUUGAUCAUGUUCACCAUCCUGACCAACUGUGCUUUCAUGACCCUCAGUAAUCCCCCGGAAUGGGCCAAGAAUGUAGAAUACACAUUCACAGGGAUUUACACCUUCGAGUCCCUUAUAAAGAUCCUGGCCAGGGGCUUCUGUGUGGGGAAGUUCACUUUCCUCCGGGACCCGUGGAACUGGCUGGAUUUCAGUGUUAUCCUCAUGGCAUAUGUCACAGAGUUUGUGGACCUGGGCAAUGUCUCAGCACUGAGAACCUUCAGGGUUCUGCGAGCCCUGAAAACUAUAUCAGUCAUCCCAGGCUUGAAGACCAUCGUUGGCGCACUGAUCCAGUCGGUAAAAAAGCUGUCGGACGUCAUGAUCCUCACCGUGUUCUGCCUCAGCGUCUUCGCCCUCAUCGGCUUGCAGCUCUUCAUGGGCAACCUGAGGCAAAAGUGCGUGCGCGUGCCAAUCCACAUCAACGGCACCAACGGCACCAACAUCACCGACCCCGACACGUUGUACAUCAACACCACGGAGAACUCGUUCAACUGGACGGAGUACAUCAGCGAUGAGAGUAAUUACUAUUACCUCCCUGGCCGUAGGGAUGCUCUGCUCUGUGGGAAUGGCAGUGGCGCUGGGAGCUGUCCAGAGGGCUUUUCAUGUAUCAAAGCUGGUCGUAAUCCAGACUAUGGCUACACCAGCUUCGACACCUUCAGCUGGGCGUUCCUCUCCCUGUUCAGACUCAUGACGCAGGACUACUGGGAAAACCUCUACCAGCAGACUUUGCGUGCCGCAGGAAAACCCUACAUGAUCUUUUUCGUGCUGGUCAUCUUCCUGGGCUCCUUCUACCUGGUCAACCUGAUCUUGGCCGUGGUGGCCAUGGCUUAUGACGAGCAGAACCAGGCGACCAUUGAGGAGGCUCAGCAGAAGGAGGAGGAGUUCCAGGCCAUGCUGGAGCAGCUGAAGAGACAGCAGGAGGAGGCACAGGCAGGACAUUCAUCUUUAUCUGUUGCCGCGGCAGCAGCCACGGAGAGCGGAGAGUACAGCGGAAGAGGGGGCCCCACCUCCGAGUCUUCCUCAGGGACGUCUAAGCUCAGCUCGAAAAGUGCCAAGGAGCGACGCAACAGGCGGAAGAAGAGGAAGCAGAGGGAGGAGGAGGAAGAGAGGGGGGCCAGAGACAAGUUCCACAAGUCUGAGUCCGAGGACAGCAUCAAGAGAUCCAGCUUCCGCUUCUCCAUUGAUGCCAACAGACUGUCUUAUGAGAAGAGAUGCUCCUCGCCCAACCAGUCUCUCCUCAGUAUCCGCGGAUCCCUCUUCUCACCUCGGAGGAACAGCCGUGCCAGCCUGUUCAGCUUCCGCGGCCGGGCGCGCGACAUGGGCUCCGAGAACGACUUCGCCGACGACGAGCACAGCACCUUCGAGGAGAGCGACAGCCGUCGGGGCUCCCUGUUUUUGCCGCGCCGCCUCGAGCGCCGCUGCAGCGCCGUCAGCCAGACCAGCCUUGGGGCACCGCGGGUCAUACUGCCCGCAAACGGCAAGAUGCACUGCGCCGUAGACUGCAAUGGUGUGGUGUCUCUGGUCGGUGGAACUUCUGUAACAACCUCCCCUAUAGGUCUCCUGCUGCCUGAGGGAACAACUACAGAUACUGAGCUUAAGAAACGGCGGUCAGGUUUUCGCCAGCCAUCCAUGGAUUAUUUAGAUGAACCAGGGGGCAGGCAGAGGGCUAUGAGCGUGGCCAGUAUCCUCACCAACACCAUGGAAGAGCUUGAAGAGUCGAGACAGAAAUGCCCCCCCUGCUGGUAUAGAUUCGCCAACACCUGUCUGAUCUGGGAUUGUUGCCCUGCGUGGCUGAAAAUCAAGGAGAUAGUCAGCAUGGUUGUCAUGGACCCGUUUGUGGAUCUGGCCAUCACAAUUUGCAUUGUUCUCAACACCCUUUUCAUGGCCAUGGAGCAUUACCCCAUGACUAAAGAAUUCGAUAACGUCCUCUCAGUUGGAAACCUGGUGUUCACCGGCAUCUUCACAGCAGAGAUGUGCUUUAAGAUCAUUGCCCUGGAUCCCUACUACUACUUCCAGGAGGGUUGGAACAUCUUCGACGGCAUCAUCGUUAGUCUGAGUCUGAUGGAGCUCGGCUUGGCCAACGUAGAAGGCCUGUCUGUGCUCAGGUCCUUCAGAUUGCUGAGAGUCUUCAAACUGGCCAAGUCAUGGCCCACUUUGAACAUGCUGAUCAAGAUCAUCGGUAACUCAGUGGGUGCUCUGGGGAACUUGACUCUGGUGCUGGCCAUCAUCGUCUUCAUCUUCGCCGUGGUGGGCAUGCAGCUGUUUGGCAAGAGCUACAAGGAGUGUGUGUGUAAGAUCUCUGAUGACUGUCAGCUGCCUCGCUGGCACAUGCACGAUUUCUUCCACUCCUUCCUCAUCGUGUUCCGGGUGCUGUGUGGAGAAUGGAUUGAGACCAUGUGGGACUGCAUGGAAGUGGCUGGACAGAGCAUGUGCCUGAUUGUCUUCAUGAUGGUCAUGGUCAUUGGAAACCUGGUGGUUCUAAACCUGUUCCUGGCUCUCCUCCUGAGCUCCUUCAGCGCUGACAACCUGGCAGCAACUGACGACGACAGUGAAAUGAACAACCUGCAGAUUGCAGUGGGCCGAAUCCAGCGGGGCAUUGCAUUUCUCAAAAACGCAGUGCGGCAUUUCCUGCAGAGCUUCUGCUUUGGUGGGGCCGGUAAGGGCUCUGGUCUGGCUGAGGAAAGCAAACCCCUUGAUGAACUGCACAGCAAUGGCAAGGGCAACUGCAUCUCCAACCACACUUCAGUGGAGCUCACCAAAGAUCCCAGUGGGGUGUACAUGACAGAGGGCAAUGGACGGCCAGGAGGAGGGCUGGUGGUUGGGGUCGUGGUUGGUGGGGACACUACAGGGAAGUACCCAAUGGAGGAAUGCGACUACAUGUCAUUUAUUCAUAACCCCAGCCUGACAGUCACAGUGCCCAUCGCUGUGGGCGAGUCGGACUUUGAGAACCUAAACACAGAAGAUUUCAGCAGCGACUCGUCGGAUGUGGAGGGCAGCAAAGAGAAGCUCGAUGCAGAGCCGCAGCAUUUGAGUUCAUCGGAGGGGAGCACAGUCGAUAUUCGCCCCCCAGGAGAUGGGGUGGAUUCAGUGGAGCUGGAGCCGGAGGAGUCACUGGACCCAGAGGCCUGCUUCACAGAGGGCUGUGUGAGCAGGUUCCAGUGCUGCCAGAUCAAUGAGGAGGGAGCAAAGUUUAAGAGCUGGUGGACACUCAGGAAAACCUGCUUUAUCAUAGUGGAGCACAACUGGUUUGAAUCCUUCAUCAUAUUCAUGAUCCUGCUCAGCAGUGGAGCGCUGGCGUUUGAGGACAUUUACAUUGAGCAGCGGAGGACCAUCAAAACAAUGCUGGAGUAUGCCGACAAGGUCUUCACUUAUAUCUUCAUCCUUGAAAUGCUGUUAAAGUGGGUGGCAUACGGCUUUGUCAAGUACUUCACCAACGCCUGGUGCUGGCUCGACUUCCUCAUUGUUGACGUGUCUCUGGUCAGCCUUGUAGCCAAUGCUCUGGGCUACUCUGAGCUUACCGCCAUCAAAUCUCUGAGGACACUGCGAGCCCUCCGGCCCCUGAGGGCCCUGUCUCGGUUUGAGGGCAUGAGGGUUGUGGUGAAUGCGCUGCUGGGGGCCAUUCCCUCCAUCAUGAACGUGCUGUUGGUGUGCCUCAUCUUCUGGCUCAUCUUUAGUAUCAUGGGCGUCAACCUGUUUGCGGGGAAGUACUAUUACUGCGUCAACACCACCACCGAUGAGACCUUCCCCAUCGAUGUUGUCAACAAUAAGACCGAAUGCCUGAACUUGGUCAACGACAGCGCCCGCUGGAAGAAUGUCAAAAUCAACUUUGACAAUGUCGGGGCCGGCUAUUUGGCUCUGUUGCAAGUGGCAACAUUUAAGGGCUGGAUGGAUAUCAUGUACGCAGCUGUGGACUCUCGAAAUUUGGAAGACCAGCCUAAAUAUGAAGUGAACCUGUACAUGUACCUCUACUUUGUCAUCUUCAUCAUCUUUGGCUCCUUCUUCACCCUCAACCUGUUCAUCGGCGUGAUCAUCGACAACUUCAACCAGCAGAAGAAGAAGUUUGGAGGUCAGGACAUCUUCAUGACAGAAGAACAGAAGAAAUACUACAAUGCCAUGAAGAAGCUGGGCUCCAAGAAACCACAGAAACCUAUACCUCGGCCUACAAAUGCAUUUCAAGGCUGCGUGUUCGACUGCAUCACAAAGCAGGCCUUUGACAUCGUGAUCAUGAUCCUCAUCUGCCUUAACAUGGUGACCAUGAUGGUGGAGACGGAUGACCAGACGCCAGAUAUGGACAAAAUCCUCUACUGGAUCAACCUGGUCUUCAUCGUGCUCUUCACCGGGGAGUGUGUGCUGAAGAUGAUCUCUCUGCGUCACUAUUACUUCACCAUUGGCUGGAAUAUAUUUGACUUUGUGGUGGUGAUCCUGUCUAUCGUAGGCAUGUUUUUAUCUGAAGUUAUCGAGAAGUACUUUGUGUCCCCAACACUGUUUCGAGUGAUCCGCCUGGCCAGGAUAGGCCGCAUCCUCCGCCUUAUCAAAGGUGCCAAAGGCAUCCGGACGCUCCUCUUUGCCUUGAUGAUGUCUCUCCCUGCCCUGUUCAACAUCGGCCUCCUUCUCUUCCUAGUCAUGUUCAUCUACGCCAUCUUUGGCAUGUCCAACUUUGCCUACGUGAAGCGGGAGGCCGGAAUCAACGACAUGUUCAAUUUCGAGACCUUCGGGAACAGCAUGAUCUGCUUGUUUCAGAUUACCACCUCGGCCGGGUGGGACAGCCUGCUGGCGCCCAUACUGAACAAGAGAGAGCCCGACUGUGACAGCCAGAUGGAGCACCCGGGCAACUAUUACAAAGGCAACUGUGGCAACCCGUCAGUGGGCAUCUUCUUCUUCGUCAGCUACAUCAUCAUCUGCUUCCUCAUUGUGGUCAACAUGUACAUCGCCGUCAUCCUGGAGAACUUCAGCGUGGCCACAGAGGAGAGCGCCGAGCCGCUGAGCGAGGAUGACUUUGAGAUGUUCUACGAAGUGUGGGAGCGCUUCGAUCCCGACGCCACUCAGUUCAUGGAGUACAGCAAGCUCUCUGACUUUGCAAACGCUCUCGAUCCACCGCUGCGCAUGCCCAAGCCGAAUAUGAUCCAGCUCAUCUCCAUGGACCUGCCGAUGGUGAGUGGCGAGCGCAUCCACUGCCUCGACAUCCUGUUCGCCUUCACCAAGCGAGUGUUGGGCGAGGGCGGUGAAAUGGACGUGUUACGCGGGCAGAUGGAGGAGCGCUUCAUGGCGUCCAACCCCUCUAAGGUGUCCUACGAGCCCAUCACCACUACGCUCCGCCGCAAACAGGAGGACAUGUCAGCCAAAAUCAUCCAGAGAGCCUUCCGCCACUACAUGAUCCGCCUGGCCAUGAAGAAGGCCUCCGCCCUCUACAAGGAGAAGCUGAAGGAGGGCAUCCGCGACCCUGACAAGGACGUGAUGGUCAUCAGCAAGUUCACCGAGAACUCCACUUCGGACAAAACAGACAUGACCCCCUCCACAGCCUCCCCGCCUUCUUACAAUAGUGUGACGAAGUCGGACAAGGACAAAUACGAGAAAGAAAACAGGGAAAAGGAGAACAAAGGGAAAGACUUGAAAGACAGAAAGAAAUAGACUUUUUAAAAAGGAACAAAAAAUAAAAAAAAUGCAUCAGAGACAUGAGGGAAAUUUGUUUACAGCUUCUAAAGGGGGUAGAUAGACGUACACUUGUGUGUUGAUUGUUCCGAGGAAUGCUACGCCAGGUAGGCCUAAAAUGGGAGUGCGGUUAUGUCAUAUGUGAAUACAUGGGGGUCUUCUCAGUGGGGAAAUAUGGAAUCAAAUUAUCCAGCAGACACUGCCAGAGAUUGACUGGAACAUGGAAAAGCCUCUCUGCAAAACGCUUGUGAUUUUCCUAUUGGUUGUUGUUACUAUCUGACACACUUGAGUGUACUGUUAAGUUGUCUGUAGCUAGUGCUGCUGCUACUACUAUAAAUCCAGUGUCUUGAAUUUAACAAUCGCUGUAUCACUUAACAAGUACUCUGCAUUUUUUUUGUUUUGUUUUUUUGUUACAGGGUUUCCUUUUUUAAUGAGAAAGAAUGUUUUCUACUUUUUUGUGUCAUUAUCGUGAGAAUGUGUCCACUGCUUUCACUGUUGUAAAAUCACCAAGGGCAGACAAAGUCAAUGCUGGAAACUACAACCAUCUGAAACUCGUACAAUGCAGGGUCAGUGACAGAAUGCUCUCGAUUCAUACAGUAUACGAAGUGCUGAAGUGCAAUGGACAAAUACGUUCUACUCACUGGUGUGCCAUCAGUGAUUGUUGAAACCUGUAUUAUGCUUCUAGCUGGACUGCCAUCUCCGCCCCAUUUCAGUAGAAAAAUACAAGUCUCUAAAUACAGAGAAGCUGAAUGUAUGCAAGGAAUGAGACACGUUUAAAGCGACUGUUUGACAUUUUGGGAAAUAUUCUUAGAGGCUUUUUUGUGGAGAGUUCGAUGAGAAGGUUGACGCCACCCUCACAUCUGUCCGUUAAAUAUGAAGCUAGAGCCAGAAAAUUGUUGGCUGAAAGGACCAGUGUGUUUGUCCAUUCUGGGCUACUGUAGAAACAUGGUCGAUAAAAGAGG